CCGCCGGAUCGUUUUCAGGGAAACACAAACGUCCGUGUCAUCAGCAGCGGAGGAUGUUGUUUACCUCAGAAUAAAAUACUUUCAUAUAAUACUUUUUUUUCCUUCAAAUGCUCUUUGUACCAAAUCAGCAGAGAAGCUCUGUCACCUCCACUAAGCUGACGCGUCACUAGCGGCUUGUUGUCGUCACCCGGAAGUCUCGGUGUGUGUUUGCAGUUCAGCUAGCAGCAUGGAUGCUAGCUGGGAAACGCUCACUAACAGCGAGGAGGAUUCAGACCCAGAUGUGGAGCUGGAAAUGGAUAAAAUGACGAUUUACGACUCCAUCCAUAAAGUUCAGGCGGUGCAGACGGACAGAACCACGACCGAGUCCGGCGUGAACACGGAGGCGGACUGGGAGAGUCAGACGGCCGCCGUGUUCCAGUACAGCUCCCAGCUGAAGGAGCGCUACGAGCAGCUGCAGAAGGAGCAGCAGGAGGAGGAGGAGGCGCAGGAAAGGCACAGAGCGCAGCUGAGGAAGAGGGUGGAGGAAGGCAGGCGGCAGCACCAGGCUCUGAUGGAGAAACUGGAAUCUCUGAGAGUGAAGCUGCAGCUCAACAACUCCAAGGCAACCAGGAAGAACUUUGAGAGCAAGAAACGGGAGCUGAUGUCAGAGAGGAGCCGAGCGGAGGAGGAGAGGAACCGACUGGCCCGGGAGCUGGAGGAGAACAACAGGAAGCUAGCGGCGCUCAGCGAGGAGCAGGGUGAAGAGCAGCGGCGCUGGAAGGAGGAGCUGCAGCAGCUGAGCAAAGAGAAGGAGCGGCUGAAGAAGGAGGCCCAAAAGGCCCAGCUUCAGGCCCUACGGGACGAGAUCACAGCCCUGGAGAAGCAGAGAGACGUGGCCAUGGCUCGGAUCGAGGCCUGGCUAACAGAGGUGGCUCAGUACCUGAACGUUCUGCGGGUUGAGUUCCCUCAGCAGUACCACCAGGAUAAGGGGAAGUGGGAGAAGAAGGAAGGUUUGGUCCGGAAGAACCAAGCGGAGCUGCAGAGCCGCUUCCAGGAGGUUCUGCAGCAGCUGCAGCAGGGUCGGGAGAUGGAGUCCCUCCCCCGGAUCAACGUACCAUCCCUGCCGGCGGUGCCCAUGGCGGACCUCCGCUUCAAUCAGGUCAUGCAGUCGGCGGCCCAGGCCCGGAUGGUGACGCCGCCCCUCCCCCACUUCUAUGCCCCGCGCCACAGACACCCCCUCCCCCGCCACCCCGGGUACCGCGGGCCCUUCCACCCCCCUCCUCCCCACAUGUUCUACCCGGCUCCACAUCUGCAGCAUCCGGCCCAUUUCCAGCCGCAGCAUCAGUACCACAGCCGGCCGCCGCCCAGGGCCACCCCCCCUCCCAGCCUGUCCCCGUCCCCCCCGGUGGUUCCCUCCCCCCCUCCUCCCGCCCCCUCGGCUCCAGAGAAGCUGGAGAAGAUCCUGGAGAAGCUGGGGGCGCGGUUCCCCCAGUGCAGCAAGCAGCAGCUGAUGGUUCUGCUGCAGCAGGUGAAGAGCUCCUGUGGGAAGCUGGCGGGCAUGUCCAUCGAGGACCUGUACGAGCAGAUCGCCUUCAAGCUGAGCCAGAACGAGCGCUUGGCACCGGGGCCCGCCGGCCGGCCCCCUCCGGGACCCAUCCAGCGUCCCGCGCCCCCCCAGCAGAGAGCCGCUCCACCGGAGACCCGGAAACUCUGCCUGAUGUGCCAGAAGUAUGUGGACCCGGAGAACCGGCACCCGCUGAGCUGCUCCCACACCAUCCACUCAGACUGCAUCCAGAUGUGGCUGCAGUCCAGCCAGAACAACUCCUGCCCCUUCUGCCCGGGGCAGUGACGCCCGCCGGCCCGCACCGGCUCAGACCUGUUCUGAUCAUGUUCCUGGGUUUGGGCUCAAAUCGCUCAGAACUGAUCGUUGUUUUUCUUUUUUUUUUUAUUAAAAAAACCGAACUCUUCAUCACUCUGAUCAACUCCUCCUCCUCCCAGUGUUAAAGGAGGCCCAGUCAGCAUCAGAAUCAGUCAGUCUGUUUGCAGGCUGCUUCCUGUUUACCGUCUGAACGCCAACUGUCUUCAUAGACCGACCCGAUUCACGGCCAGAACCAAAGGACCGGCUCGUCUGAAUGGAAACACGGAUCAGAACAGAACCGGUCCGAACAACUGCUGGAAGCUAGGAACUGUACCAAGAGAAGCCCGGUUCAGCUCGUCUCUGAAGGUCCGAUUCACCACCGCGCGUCUCCAGAUGCUUCAGAACUCCUUCCAGUCGGAUCCAAACCUUUCUUCAUUAUUUUAAGCUUUUCGUUUCAUUUCUGCCUGUAAUUGAUCAGUAUUUUUAAUAAAAGUGAUUCUGGGUCAGUAAUGA